UUUACUCUCUUAUCUCCCAUUCAUAAUUGGGGAAUAGCAGAAAGCAAAAUCAAAAGGCAAAAGAGGAAAGGGAAAAGUAACGAUGCGAUCCAACAUGAUCAUUUACGUUAGAGUCUGGCUGUGGCAUGCUUUUAUUCUACUGCUGCUUACUUCCAACUUUGCUCUUGCACAGUCGAUCAUCAAGAACUUACCAGCCUUCCAGGGUGUCCUCCCUUUCAAGCUUAAAACUGGGUAUGUGGGCGUGGGAGAUUCAGAAGAGGUGCAACUGUUCUACUACUUUGUUGAGUCAGAAAGGAGUCCAGAAAAUGAUCCUCUGCUGAUUUGGUUGACAGGAGGUCCUCGAUGCUCUUCGUUUUAUGGCCUCAUCUACGAAAUUGGUCCAUUAUCUUUCAAACUUACAAAUUUGACUACAGAUCCCUUAACACUUGUUCUGAAUCCAAACUCGUGGAACAAGGUAGCAAACAUCAUAUUCUUAGAUGCUCCUGCUGGUACUGGUUACUCCUACUCCACCACUUCCCACGGGUUAAUCUCUAGUGACACCUUACAUUCAACCCGUAUUUGUGAGUUUCUCCAGAAGUGGCUUACGACUCAUCAAAAGUUCCUUGCAAAUCCACUCUAUGUUGCUGGUGACUCUUACUCUGGCAAAAUCGUUCCCAUCAUUGCCCAGAAGAUAGCUGAUGGUAUUGAAGCUGGAAUCAAGCCACAUUUGAAUCUCAAAGGAUACAUAGUUGGCAAUCCAGUUUCAAAUGGACAACAGGACGUUAAUUCCAGAAUUGUAUACGCUCAUCAGCUGGGACUUAUAUCAGAUAGAAUAUAUCAGUCAGCUAACAGGAAUUGCAAGGGCGAAUUUGUAGAUUUUGAUCCAAACAAUCAACUGUGCCUGAACAGCCUUCAAGCAAUCGAUGAGUGCAUUGGGAGAAUUGAUAAAGAACAUAUCUUGGCACCAUUUUGCCUUGCAUCAGUUAACCAUAACCAAAAUUCCAUACUGGAAAUGAACUGGGAGUCUAAUGAUGACAGUUUCUUGGACUUUUCAUUUCCUAUGGUACAAAUGUGUAGGGAAGAUAAGAUUCGGUAUUCCGUUCUAUGGCAAAAUGAUAUAAAUGUUCGCAAAGCUCUUAGUAUUCGGGAGGGAACAAAAGCGCAAUGGACUAAAUGCAAUAAAACCACUCCCUAUACAUUUGACAUCGCAAGUAAUAUUGAGUAUCAUCGCAAUCUCAGCCGAAAAAACCUUCGUGCUAUAAUCUACAGCGGUGAUCAUGACAUGAGUGUUCCAUAUAUAAGUACACUAGCAUGGAUAGAAUCCAUGAACUUUACAAUUGAAGAGGAUUGGAGACCAUGGUUCUCUAAUGAUCAAGUUGCAGGAUACACUCUUUACUAUUCGAAUAAUAAAGAGUAUAAUUUGACCUAUGCGACAAUAAAGGGAGGAGGACAUACAGCUCCAGAAUACAAUCCCAAGGAAUGUUUUGAUAUGAUCAGUAGGUGGCUAGCGCAUACGCCUUUGUAAUUUUUAUUCAGUAACUAUUUCUUUCUACACAGUGAUGAAAUUUUAUGUUCUUUCUUUUGAGUGAAAUACUAUACAUGUAUCUGCAGGAGUUUUUAGCUCCACAGUACUGCUAAUUGGUUUUAGAUUGUUACGAUAACUUCUUCAUGGCAUCAAAACAAUCAAUUCAUCCACUUCUCAAGCCA